CCUCCGUGCCGCCUCUCUCCGGUUCUUCACCACCCUUCAUCUCCUCAUCGUCGCAAUCUCGGAACUCUCGUACGACUACCUGCCUCCUCGGUCAUUGGCGCUUCCAUGACCGCAACACACCUCAAUCUCGAACUGCGAUUCCACAAAUUGUCUUCUCGUUGACACAAACCCGCAGAUGGAAGAGUCUCAACCAGCGAAACGGCGAAAGCUUCUCCCGCGCCAACCUUCAACCAGCACUACGCAGGCGGCCCCAUUCACCCAUGAAUUGCCUCAGCAGCAUCCGGUCCAGGAGGCCCCUCCAGCCGAACGACAUGACUUCGAAUCCUUCGCGAGGCACCUGCAAGAUGCCGCCAUGUUGAUACAACGCCAGACGGAGCGUUCUCCCUACGACAAUGUAUCCGUUCUCCUCCUACGGUGGGAAGAGGACACCUCUGUCGAAGCCGACUUAACAGCUAUGGAAAACAUUCUUCGGUCUGUAUACAAUUUUCGGACCGACCGAUGGGCCAUCCCGACUGUGCCCAACCCCAGCAUCAAGCUUGGUGUUCAGAUGGCUUCCUUUCUCGACCAAGCCAAGGCCAACCAUUUGCUCAUCAUCUAUUACGCCGGCCAUGGUUACGUUGGAUCCGACAACCAACUCUACUGGGCUUGCAAUACCCGAGAAGAUGCUGCAAAGCUUAAGUGGGACGGUGUACGUUGCUUGUUCGAAGAUGCCCAGUCCGACAUACUCUUGCUGCUCGACACCUGUUCGGUUCGGGAUGUACCCGUCUCUGGAAGCCAUGGCACCAAGCAAGCCAUUGCAGCGUGUGGCCCUGAACAGACCCCCCGAGAAACUGCUGGCAAAUCCUUCACCUACCACUUGAUCGAGGCGCUACACAAACUGAGCACGGCGGGGAGGCCCUUCAGUGUACCGAGGUUACACGAAGAGGUCGUACAGCUGAGGCAACUGGAAAGCGGCCAGGCAACCAAGCUCAUGAACGGUUCAAGCAAAACUCCACCUCCGCCGCCCCAGAUUCCCAUAUGUUUCACUCUCACGCCCGGCAAGGGGCAAAGUCUGAACUUGGCCCCAUUGCCUGCCAGGUCACUUCAACAGCAGUCGCCGCGGAACGGUGCUUCUGAUGCGGACGGCCAGACAAGGACAACGCGGGAGGACCAGCUCAUCGAUCCUGAAUCGGUCACUGACCUGCGCUUUGACGAAGCGAGAGUGCUUGUGUGCACGACAUUCGUCGGGGAUGCCAGCCCAGACAUGUCCUUCUUCAAUAGCUGGCUACACAACACACCGCCCCUCGCCGACAAGAUUGAAGUCGAGGGAAUGUUCCUCGGCCCUCCAACCAUGCUUCUGAUAUCGAUGCCUCACUCCAUCUGGAACGUCGUACAGCACGACAAGGUCUGCUGUUUUCUAGGAUACAUCACAUCCCAUAACAUGAUCCAAUUGUAUCAGAAGCUAAAGGGUUCCUCGGGCAUCCCCAAAGCCACGGCAAAGGAGGUUGAGGACGGUCGAAUCUUGUUGGAGGCGCGGGAACUAGCAGCAAGCACGCCGGUUUUGCAUCGACGUUCGUUGGACAGCAAAGACGCCUCCUACCCUGAGGCGGCCAGCCGCGUAGACACCACUCCUUCCGGCGUGUCGUUCGCAGCUGCCGCUGUCGCGGCCACAGCGGUGGACGGCAAAGAUGACGUCGAGGAUUCGGCCGAGAUGCAGGAAGCGGCGGAACAGCUAAAGGCAUUAAGCCAUGUGCGCCAUCUGAGCGACGAGGCCGCGCCGACCGUAGAACGGCAACGUACAACCCUCCCUGAUGGUGCGAUGCCCACCAACCACGAAGACACGGGAUCCUCCCAUGACGCGAACGAAUCGGGUGCGGAUGACACGAUGCAUUCCAUCGACAUGAGCACGCCCAACGCAAGAAGCAAACAGCGGCGAUCCCUACAAAAAGCGACACCUAAGCAAGAAACGAGAUGCACGCUAUGCAGCCACGCUCCCUUCAAGGACUCGUCGUCGUUGCGCAAGCACAUUGCUGCCGCGCACACCAGGCCAUUCCCAUGCGCGUUUUCGUUCGCGGGUUGCACCAGCACAUUUGGGUCGAAGAACGAAUGGAAACGACAUAUUGCCUCUCAACAUCUAUGUCUGCAGUAUUACCGAUGUUCGUCUUGCCCACAGAGCACCGUUGAAGGCAAGGGAAAUGAGUUCAACCGGAAGGAUCUCUUCACCCAGCAUCUGCGUCGCAUGCACGCGCCGUUCGCCAUCAAGAAAGCCAUUGCCAAGGGGGACAGCAAAUUGCAAGUGGAGUGGGAGGGGCAUGUGAAGGAGAUGCAAACGACAUGUCUUGUCACGCGCCGGUCACCGCCUCAAAAGUCGGCUUGCCCAAAACUGGACUGCCAAAGUGUAUUCGAGGGUCCUGGAUCCUGGGACGAGUGGACGGAGCACGUUGGUAGGCAUAUGGAGAAAGGUGAGGGCCAGCGACUCGGGGUUGAUCGACUGUUGGCGAAGUGGGCUCUCGACGAAGGUAUCAUUGAGCGAAAGGGAGAUGGCGAAUAUCGCCUCUGUGCCGGCAAUGGCCCUGGCCCUGUCUCCGGCAGCGUUGGCGGCGGCGGCAUUGCAGUCAGCGGCGAGGGGAGAGAUUCUAUCUCGGUGUUGUACCCAGAGCCGAAGCAAGAAGUCGAAGCAGGAGUCGAAGCAGAAGUUGAAGCAGAAGUCGAAGCAGAUACCACUGAGGACAAGAUGGAAGUGGAUAGCUAGUUCAUCAGUGCCAUUGCUCUCGGCUUUUAUCGUCGGGAAGAUGCAAGAGGACGAAAAGGAGUGCUGUGACAAAGGGUCAAGGCGAGGGCGAACGUGGAGGACGGACGGUGCAGCUCACGGCGGAACUGGUGCGGGGCUGCGGAUUUGAUUUUUCUGUUAACCUAUAUACUACGGCGUCACUGUUGAUUGGAAGGAGUUAUCGGGCACGACUGACAUGAGAUACAUGAACGACUUUCAUUCACUUGGACAAAGUUCGCUUCUUGCUGGCUAGCUCGGAACAACACCUGGGCAGCCAGACUGGCGCCAGCCUGGCUUAGGUCGCGAAACGCAGGUUUGGUCGCGCGAUUCGGAAAGAAAAAUGGACGACGGACUGGAAAACACAAAAGGCAAACAGUAUCGCGACAAAAAAAUCCAAAGACCACCUUGAAGUCCUUGCAUGACGAGACGCCUGCCUGUUCCUGCCUUUGAUGAUCGAAUACCUACCAAGCAGCCUUCACAAGGCCUAGCUGACAAUGGCAGUCGAUGGACGACCCCUUCCCGCGAGAUGCCCCGAUGCCCGAUGCCGAAAAGCCGUUCGAGAGUCUGAACUUGGCAUCGACGCUCUUUUGAGGUUGCAGUAAAUUGCGGGGAAAGGAAAAUUGGUCGCUUCUAAGCCCCUCGCUCAAGCUCGGGUGGGCACAUGACACGAACAUUCCGACAGGCACAUCCGCACCAAGAUCCCAAUUUCCGCCCCUCAAUGUAGCCAACGAGCCGUUGAGGGUGUCCGGACGGGGACGGAGUGCCGAUGGCGACAGUCUAUUGAAGGAAUAAUGGACCCCCCUCGGCCGAUUGAGCCGUCCUAGGCUAUGCUGCAGUAGGCUGGAAGAAAGCUUAACGUGCGGGUCACGAGGCACGAGAAGGAGCUUGAUAGGAGACUGGCAUGGGAAUCCCGGUGUCAGAAAGGGGAAAGCGAGGGGGAGGGCCCUAUAAUAUGGAUAAUUGGUGAUGGAACGGAGGGUGCCGAGU